AUGCAAGAGAGUUCAGGCAAUACGGCAGAAGCACCAGAGAAGAUGCACCACGGCAGUGACUCCCCGGAAGAGGAAGACAUACCGAUACUUGUACCAGGCGCCCCGGCGAUGGCGAUGUUUGUCCCCUUGGAAGAGAAUCUUUUCGAGCCCUUCGAUGUUCCCCAAAAGAAGAGCGACCGUCUGAGGCUCUCUCAGCAAAAUAUCGAGAAGCACACAGCUGCCGUAGAGCAGAACAUUAGGUACAUAUACGAACGGGAACAUCGGCGUAUCCUACAGCACGCAAACAAGUUGGAGGCGACCAAUGGCGUCUUCGAGAUCACCACAGGCCUUAUGCCGGGUGAAGAGGAACUCAUCAUGGAAUACGUGAACGCACCGAUUCCUCGCGAUGCCGACUACAGCAAUCGUCACUUGUCAACGUACGCAUACCCCGAAAUCCCGGGCGAUUUGCCGCCGAGGCAGGCGGCACUUCAUUGGUCGCUUUACAACGCCGGCCAGGCCCUGGUGCAACUAGGAGGUUAUGCCACUCAUGCGCAAGAGAUCAAGAACCACUACAAGGCAGCCUUGGAGAAGGAGCUCGCGCAGGAGGAAGCAUCUGCCAACCACAGACAGGACGGUGGGCCUGCUCGGAGCGAGAAACGACAACGCAUAGCGUGA